AUGCAAUCGGGAGGCAACGGACAGGGUCCUGAAUCAUUAUCGAGAAUUGAGAAAGGUCUCUCCAGCAAGUACGGAAAGCUACUACGUGGAGGCUUAAUCGGUCCAAAGCACAAGGAACGAACGUACUUUGACUCUGGCGACUUUGCUCUUUCCGCUGCUGAUCGUGUGACCGACAACGGCGCUAUUCAAACAGGAAAAGCGCAUCCAAAUCGGGAUAGCGUUUCGCAUCCUUAUGCCCCUAUCCCAGCCGCUAGUAACGUUGACAAUGAUGCCAAUGAAGAUUCAUUUAGGAGAAGUGCGAGUCUCGAGAGGAGCCCACUCCUUCAAGAAACCAAUAUAAAGGGUGAAGAACCCACCAAAAAUGAGGUACAGGAUAACCCUACCUCUCGCGAAUUUUAA